AUGGCUGGCUCGCUGCUGCGGUGGACUCUCUGGCCAUUGAUUGCCGCCAUAGUGGCCGCGUUCGCCGUCGCUUAUCGUCUCCAGCAGCCUCUCGUCGGCACGCAGCCCUCCAGCGCCACGACACCAUCGUCGGCCGGGGACACGUACUGCUACCAGGGCAUCACAACCCUCGACGAUGACAGGCCCGACGCCCGGUGCUUCUCUGUCGCUGAUGGCUCGUUCAGCCAUGUCUUGACCGACGACCAAGCAGCCGACCUCGAGCCUGCCCACGUCCACGCCAGCCCUGGAUAUGUGAUCCCCGGGCUCUGGGACGGCCACGGCCACUUGCUUCAAUACGGCGAGUUUCUCCACUCCGUCGACCUUUUUGGGUGUGAGUCUCUCGAGGAUAUUCGUACCAGGGUCAAGGAGUAUCUCAAUUCCAACCCAGAUGCCGGUUCCAAGGAUCACUGGCUCAGAGGUGUUGGGUGGGAUCAAACCGCCUUUGGCCGCAUGCCAACAGCUGCCGAUGUCGAGCAAGAUCCCCUCCUCAAGGGCAAGUUCUUGAUGCUCGACCGCAUCGACGUCCACUGCGUUUGGGUGUCCCAGUCCGUGCUGGACCUCCUCCCAUCAGAUCUUCCCGAGAUCCCCGGAGGCGAAAUCGUCCGUGACCCGGGCAUGGGCGUCUUCUGCGACAACGCCAUGGACUACAUCACGAGACUCUGGCCGAAGCCCUCCGACGAGUUCAAGGCCAGGACCGUCAAGACCGCCAUGGCCAAGCUCAACCAAGUCGGCCUCGUUGGCAUGCACGACGCGGGAGCAACACCCUCCACACAUCGUCUGUACCAGAAGCUGGCCAAGACCGACGACUGGACAGUCCGUGUCUACGGCAUGCUGGAAUGCGACAAGCGCAACUCCUUCUGCCCGGACGAAACGGCUCAGAUCCACGACCCCGACUUCAAGUUCACCGUCCGCAGCGUGAAGCUAUUCGGCGACGGGGCCCUCGGAAGCUGGGGAAGCGCCAUGCUCGACCCGUACACAGACCACCCCUGGACCUCGGGCUCCCUCCUCAUCAACGCCUCCGCCCUCACCCAGGUCGCCAAGUCCUGGGCCGCCGCCGGCUACCAGGUCAACAUCCACGCCAUAGGAGACCUCGCCAACCGCAACGCCGUCGACGCCGUCGAGGCCGCCCUCGAGCAGGAGUGCCCCGAGCACGCCGGCAACCUCGCCCGCUGCCAGUCCCUCCGCCGCUUCCGCAUCGAGCACGCCCAGAUCAUCCACCCGGACGACCAGGACCGCAUCCUCGCCCUCGGCAUCAUCCCCUCCAUCCAGCCCACCCACGCCACCUCGGACUUCAAGUACGCCCAGGACCGCCUGGGGCCCGACCGCCUCCGCUCCUCAGCCUACCGCAUGAGGUCCCUCCUCCCCGCCCGCCCGUCCCUCGGCUCCGACUUCCCCGUCGAGCCCCCCAACCCCUUCGAGGGCAUCUACGCCGCCGUCACCCGCAGGAACCCUCACACGGGCAAGGGCCCCAACGCCGCCGACCCGGAUCUGGGUUUCCUCCCCGACGAGAUCCUGUCACUGAGGGAGACCCUCCUGGGGUUCACCCGCAGCCCGGCCUACGCCGCCUUCCUCGAGGCCAAGGCCGGCGUGAUCCGCGAGGGUGCUUUUGCCGAUUGGGUCGUUCUGGACGAGCCGCUGGAUCGGCUCUCCUUUGAAGACCUGCGCACUCUCAAGGUCAAGGAGACCUGGGUUGCGGGCAGGCGUGUCUACUCCCGUGAUGAUACCAAUCUGCCCUGA